UUGCGUUUGUUUUCAUCGAAUCAACAUGCAUGUCCUCAAUAUGAUUACCUUUUUUUCAAUCGGGCUGUUUUAUACUGAGACCGAUUCGACGUGUCGACACUCUUAUAUGACGUUCUGUGAUAAUUUGAGCGACCUUGAGAAUUACAACGUUGAAAACUGGACUGAACUUGUGGUAGGAACAGAAUCAUAUGAUGACUCUCAACUUAGAACAAUCGAUUUUGAUUCACUUUCAUUGGACAGGCUGGAAAAGUUAGUUACUUUCAUUAUUAUCGGUCAAAUUCGAGAUAUCAAGACGUAUACUUUUACCCUAGAUCCGUAUUUCAACAGGAUGAAUUAUUUGCAGUUGUAUGAAAAUGAUAUUAAGCGAAUAAGAUUUACCACUUUUGACACAAUGAAAUUGACAAAGUUAAGUUUAGUGAACAACAACAUUGAAUAUAUUCAUAAAGGAGCAUUUUACAACUGUGAAAUAAAAACUAUAGAUUUAUCACACAAUAAAUUGGAGUUAAUUGAAAAAGACGUGUUUUCGGAGGAGUUCUUUUACAAUUCUACUAUAGAAAUGGUUAUUAGAUAUAAUAAAAUUGAAGCAAUUCAAUCCGAUAGUUUUCCUAGCAGCUUAGAAAUACUUAAUUUAGAUUACAACAAUAUAAAAGUGUUAAAUGCUGAUGUUUUCGACAAUCUGGAUAAUCUACAAGAACUAACACUCAGCCACAACCAAUUAACAUCAUUAGGAUUCAUCAAAAAUCUCGAAGAGCUCAAAUAUAUUGAUGUUUCCCAUAAUAAGAUUGUGGUUUUCACUAGUCAACAUUUCAACAACCUUAGUCAACUACAAGUUCUAGAUCUGAGUCACAAUCAACUUGCAUAUCCUCAAAUAUUCCAGAAGUUUAAUAUUCCCGAAAGGCAUCCACCUCUGCAAAUAUCACUCGCUUUUAACAAAUUGACACAUUUAGUAAUAGAAGAAAACAACUUUCGUCACCAUGUAGUGUUUUUAUAUGGAAAUCCCUGGAACUGUAAGUGUUGGCAAAUGAUGGAAAAAUUUAUGCUUGACAAUAAAGUGAAAAGAAAUGUGUGUGAUUUAAAAUUUUUCGGUAAUGGUGAGGUUCCGUACUGUAUUCAGUACGACCAAAUUGACUGUAGAAACGGUGACUACGUCAAAAAUUCGAACAUUUCACAACAAGAUGUACAACAUUUUAUGAGCGUUGUUAAAAGCAGCUUAGAUAAAAUAAAGUGUAGGUUAACACCUAGAAUAUUGUAGAUUUUGCAAUACAUAAACAAAAACUUCACAUUUGUUAUCUCUAGGUUUAGUUCAUAAAACUUAUUAAUUAUCGCAUGGAAUCUUUUCUUAAUAGCAGGAACUACGUUUUUAUUUAUACCAACAUAUGUACAAAUAUAAUGCUUUCUGCUUAUUAAGUGUGUUAUUUCAAUUUUUAAAUUAGCAAUAAAAAAUGGUGGAUG